AUGGCAUCCCUUCGACACAUCUUGGGUCUGUCUAGAUCGGACGAAAAUCCCCCGCGAUCUCGUAUCACCUGGCAUCGUCGGCGUCGUACAGAAACUCCUCCGCCUCCGCCGUAUCAGACAGAAUCGGACAUUGUACCAGAUACUCCCUAUUCGGCGGUUCAUCAUACUGGGUCGGAGCGCACGAGCGAGACCGCGGCAGCAGCAGAGAGCCCUGCUACUUUUCAGCACGACGAAGACGCACCGGGAGAUGACGAUGGCAGCCAGCCUUCUGGGUAUGCAUCCACUACCCAAGAGCCUGCUCGCAAGAGCGCCGCUUCGAGCCUCUCUCGACCUCGUGGCUCGAAUCCUCUAAAGAGCAUCAUUACCCGCUUCCGCCACAACAUAUCCAACAAAUCCAAUGAACAAAGCGAAAGCUCGGAGGCAGCCCAACCACUCCAUCAUCAAGCAGAGAGUGCGGAAUCGGAAGCACCUGUCAGAACUGGACCUCCAGGCCCUUUUUCUCCUCUAUCUCGGAACCCACCUUCUGCCGGGUCGGAGGCUACAGAGCAACAGCGAACUGUGAGCGCUCAAACGGCGGAAACACAGGACUCGGAAAAUACCAGCGCAACAGUGCAUCGGCACUCUUCUCAGCACGGCAUUCAGACGCCAGUUUUAGAAUUGCAGCAAGAUUGCUUCUCGCCAGCUUUCUUCGCAGACUAUGGGCCAGAGACCAGUCACUUUGCCGAAGGAUCAGAUCCCUUUGCGGACAGAAUCACCCCGGCACCGACACUUGCCCAUGUGCCUUCAAAGCGCUCUCCAAAGCACUCUUCAACGCGCUCCUCGAACCAGUCUUCCAGACAUACCCCCAAACAAUCCUCGAAGCAAUCCUCGCGUGAUCAGAAUAACGAGAGUAGUGGAUCCACUCUGAUUCCACAGCUUCCCAGAGGCCAGUGCUUUUUUAGCUCCCGCCAUGCAUCUAAUGCCAGCUACGGGAUGCAAUCGAACAUGGAGAUUGUCACUCAGGCACCAGUUCCGCCCAAAUUGCGACGAACAAAGACAUUUGCAAAUCUGACUCGUCAAAAGAAGCCCAAGCCUCUGACUGCCCUACAGGGAAGGUCUCUGGAAUCUAUGUCUCGUCUUGGUGGACAUAGCUAUCUCGUCUAG